AUGAAAGAGCACUACAAGGAGUUCGCUACGAAAGCGCUGGGCAAGGAAGCUGUUCAAUCUGAGUUUGAGGCUGGCGUUAAGAGGCUCAGGCUAGCGAACAUCUAUAGCGGUGUUGGUAUCUUCGAGUUCAGCUUCACCAUGCUAUCGCAAAUACGCACCCACAUCACAUCAUGGUGGCAACAGACACCUUUGCCAGCAGCUGCCGCAACGCCCAACUUCCAGAAGUGGUACAACUGCGAUCAAAACCGCUGGAUGCCAUUCGUUGGUGAGAAAGCCUCUCGACCUGGCGCUCAGCACCAAUGGGCGGGCUCAUUCCGCCUCGUGAGCUGGAACGUAAACGCCGAUGCGCCGUUACCAAAGUCCCGUAUGUCCGCACUACUGCAGGUUGUCAAAACCACCGGAGCUGCAGACGUUGUCUUGCUGCAAGAGGUAUCACGAGAACAGCUUACAGCACUGCUUGAAGACACCUGGAUACAGCGAGAUUGGUACAUGAGCGAUAUUGAUGACUCUGCUUUUGGAACCCAGAAGUUCAUCAGCAUCACGAUGGUAUCCAGGCUGUGGGUGAUCACUGAUGGUAUCCAGCUGGGCACAAUCUGGAGGGUCGCAUUUCCCAGUCGUUUUGGACGCGACGCGCUGUGCUGCGAUCUGAUCCUCAACUCUUCGAGCAAGCAAACGUCGGGGAAAGAGCCUACACGAGUUCGCCUGAUCAACGUCCACCUGGAUUCGCUGCCAAUCAAUCCGUCGAUGAGGCCGCGUCAAGUUUUCAUCUGCGCUUCAUACCUCGGGGCUGCUGGUCGUGGGAUCAUCGCCGGCGACUUCAAUUGCAUUCUUCCGGAAGAUGAUGACCUUGUCAGUAACAAUGGUCUCGCGGAUGCGUGGGCAGAGCUUCAUCCGAAUGAUUCAGGCCAUACUUGGGGCGUGUACGGUGAACAGUCGUUCCCACCAAAUCGGUUGGACAAAGUUGCUCUGCUGAACCUCCACCCAUCAGCUAUGCGCAUCCUGCAAACAAGCGAAGUGAGAUCCUGUGGUGGAGAGAUGUCGGCCGACGCAGCGGAAUCGGGGUCUGGAGCGCAUUUCAGCGAUCACUUGGGUCUUUGGUGUGACGUUGGGUGGGCAGAAGACCGACCAAACCAGGAUUGA